CAGGGAUUUAGCGGCAUGACCACGUAAAGUUUUUGGUUAUCUGUCACGAUUUGACUGAUUUCCACAGAACAAUAAACGAGGAUGAAGACAUAGCUGCCACACGUAAGUUAUGUGUAUGAAGGGAAUUUGAGGCCUCUGAAGAUGAAGUCCAAACAUGCCAAAGGUAUACGGUGUAACGGGUAUCGCCUUAGCCCUAAUGAGGAGGCGAGGAUUCUCCAGGAGGAGACAGAGAAGAGGCGGAAACUGCGGCUUCUGCAGGUGAGAGAGCUUUCCAAACGCAAUGCAGCCAGCAUACGACAGUCCGUGAAAGCGGAGAAAGAGCAGCAAAUACAGAAACUGGCCAAGAAACUAGAGAAGAACUUAGCAUCUGUGAAGGAAGAAAAACUGAGGAAUCUUGAGGCGAGAUAUGAUAACAGUAUGCGGACCAUCGGGAUAGCCCACAAGGAGGCUGAGCAACAGGAGGACAAAACUGAAGAGUUACUAGCCCUUGCCGAGGAGAAUACCAGAAAGGCAGAGCUGCGGUAUAAAACAGCUCUGGAUGCGCUUCAUGUGGAGCAAGAACAGCAGCAGAUGGAGGAGAAAUAUCACAUACUGGCGAGAAAAGCAGCUUUGGAAAUGGAAAGAAUCAGAGCCAAUCAGAUUGCAUCUCUUCCUCCUCCUCCACCCGACCCGACAUUAGACAUCGGCAAAGCUAAACAUAAACCUGUGAAGAUGACAGAUGCAACAGCUUUCUCUCUGACACAUUUUCAUAUGGCUCAAGAUAUUGCUGUGGAGAAGGAAAACCCAGAAUUACAGGCUGAUGCCAGAGUAUUGGCUGUCGAUGAAGAGGAGAGAAUCAAAGAAGAACAGCGGAAGAUUGAGCAAGGGGAGCAGGAGAGGCGAGAGAGAGCACGAGUGCGACACAACCUGGCACGGGAGAAGGAACUACUCAAACAGGACUAUGAGCACAUGCUCCAUGACCUCAGUGACCUCCAGAGGGCAGACAUGUACAGACGACAGAAAGUUGUGGCAAAUAUCCCGAAGCAGGUGUUUGAGCCCCCUCACCGCCGCCUGGAGCACCGCCGGGACAGACAGCGCACCAUGGAGCAGGCAUUUGAGGAUAUGUACAUGAAGGCUACAGAUUACACAGGUGAUUUGAGCCUGGCCCUGGACCCUUACCCUCAGAUGGACACGCCAUCUGCCACAGAAGCCUCAGAGGUGUCAGCCACAUCAGAUGCUGACCAAGCCCAUGAUCUGUCAACCACCCAGACAGACAGGCCUCAGCCCCUCCCACCACCCCCUCGCUCAGAGACCCUCAAAGAUGUCACCAAUGUUGCUAAAGAUUCCAGUGGACAGAGCCCUAAGAAAUCAGAGACAGUCCUGAAGAAACUUCUGAAUCAAAUCAAGAACCAGCGAGAUGAUUGGAUAACCAGGUCCAGUCAGGAGGCCCCGGAACCUGAAGACGUCCUGUCCAUGUCACCUCAAUUGUUCAAGAAGUACCAAAGAGAGAAGGAGUGUCCAGUAGCUACCCUACCUAAGACAAAUCAAGACAACCACGUCCCAGAUACUUUGGCGUCUCCUCCCCAUGCGUUAACUGACAUGCCAUCAGAAAAGGCUUUUCCAUUGGGAAGAGAGCAAGGUCGUCAUCAAAAGUUGUCUCCCCCUGUCAAGGACCAACCAAGUCAACAUGUGACAAGCGAUAGGGAGCCUGUUGGAAAGGUGCCUGCUGGGGUUGCAGAGGACUCUCAUGAACGUUGUGUGGAGGAAGCCAGAAGGGAGCUACAGCAAAUACAAGAGAAGAAAGCCGCUUUGGAAGAAAAACUGAGACAGUAUGCUGUACAGCAACAACAACAGCAGCACAAGCAGCAGAUGGAAGAGUCUGUCGUCACGAGGUCUAAAAAUGUGCUAGGUAACCUUGACAACCAGCUACAAGAUCAACAUUUGUAUGUAGCAAGAAAUCUCAAGGAUAUUGAUAAUGCUGAUCAAGUGAUAUUUGCUACUAGUGCCCUUCCACCCGGAGCGGAAUCCACACAAGAGGGUCAGAAAACUUUAGACGAUGAUGUUUAUCCAGAAAGUUUGGCAAUAGUCAGAGGACAGACUGGAAUUAAAACAGCAGACCAACAAGAUAGCGAGCAAUUGCGAGGAGAGCCUGCUGGUUUGGACCUGAAUGUCUUGUCCGAGGUGUUGGCGGGUAACACUGAAUCAGACCAUGUGCGUCGAAUCAGGGAAUACCAGCAGCGUUUGCUGGAGCGACACAAGAGCUGGAAGAUGUUGGCUGAGACGAGGUCUGAUAUUGAGCGACGGCGCAUUGAGCUUCGUCAGCGUUAUCCUCAGCUUAACAUUCCGCAGAUGGAACCUCUGCCAACUUCAGGCUCAUUAAGUCUCCUUAAUGCACCAAGACCUUUUCCUCCAACGUCAUCGGUACUCCCGUCACAAGACCCACUCGUGACUGCAGAACCCUCUCUGGCUCAGCCUGUUUCAGCCAUCCACAACAUAAAUCCAAACCCCAAAGAACAACCAAAUACAUUUUCUCUUCAACAGUCUAAUGGUGUCUCAGCAACCAUUUUUCCUCCUGCAUUGCCAUCUGGUGUUGUUGCCAUGCCAACCACUAGUUCAACAAUUCUUCAGACUAAUGGUUUAUCAGAUAAAGGGGCCCUUGCUUCCAAAGUGGAACAACCCAAAAUGGACAAUGUUCGUAAGCAACUUCUUUUUGAUUCAGAGACACCUAAAACUAGCCCAGAGAAACAGAAACCCAAAAGCCCUUUGACAGGGAGAAGAGACAUGAAUCGAGUUGUCCAUUCGGAGAAAAACGAGCUACCACCAAACGCUGCAGUCAGUGAUUUUGCUACAGCAGUUCCGCUCGGUCAGUCAAGAGUGAGGAAGAAAAUCCAAGUCUCUCCAGCAAACAUUUCUCCAACAGAAGACCAGUCUUUGGACCAUUCAGGAAUUGAUCCUAUCCUGGCUCUCACAGAAGCAGCCAAGGAACGGAAACUUUAUUUUGAAAAACGACAGAGGCAACUGACGCAGCAACUUGAAGAGAUUCAGAACCAAAAGGCUGCAUACCUGAGCCAGCAUGAAGACAGUCAAAGGAGACUGCAAGAACACCGCCAACGUGUUCUGCGAGAACUCAUUCAAGGCUUUCCUUCUGAAACCUUGGACGAUGCUAUAACUCGUGAACAGCCCUUAGAGGUUCUGAGAUCAUCAAAUUCUGUGGCCAAGCCAGAAACUGGAACCAGGCAUCCAGAUUCUUUGCAGAAUGUUUCUUUUAAAUCAUUGAGUUCGGUUGGUCGCAAAACCUGGGCAGACCUUCUUCACGACGCAACAGAAAGUGCUGACUCAGCAUCAAUAGAUCCAGUGUCACUUCUGAAUGGCAGCCAGGCAUCUGCGCCCGACUCCCAUCAACCACACGAGCUGAGCACUAUUCUGGAGGUGGACACGCCCCCACAGAGCAAGAGUCUGUCGACAAGCCGGAGAAGAAGUGAGGGACAGGAUGACGCUGAUGGUCUUGUCAUUGGACCACCUUCCCAUGGCAACAGCAUCUCCGGUGCUGAAAUAACAGAUGACAGAUUUUCAUCUCAGAGGAUUUCAAUGCUGCCACCACCCGGUUAUGAAGAUGUAACCAGAAUAAGAGAUGGUUUGGAUGAGGAUGAUUUUGAAGAAGGUUACGAGCCAUUUGCUACUGGACUGGUGUUGAGAAAGUCUGAUGACAUCACGCUGAAAACAGUCAGCGAAGCCUCAGCGGCAGUGGCUAGAGCCCACCAACUCUUAGCCCAAACGGCAAUCCCUCUGCUCACAGGUUCCGAUACAGACGCACAUCUCUACGACAACCAGUCGUCUGGAAGCGAUUUAGUCAGUGCGAUUUCAGGAUCACAGAGCCACGCAUCUGCCGAGUUUUGCGGCGCAGAGUUGCUGUUUUCCAAACGUGACCAGAAGGAGAGCUCAAACAACAGCUCUGUGUGGAGAUCGCCUGAUAUAUAUGAGGGGUCUUCCCCGCAUAGCUCAGAGGUAACCCAGUAUUCUGCUCCUUCUGAGUCUGCUCGGUCAAACGGCUCUGAGGCAAUCAAGUCAACGGAAAGUCUCACUCAGUACAUGGCCUACAGCAAUGGUGAGAAAUGGGGUAAUGGCACCAUGUGGAUGACCAAGGAUCGGCAGCUCUCUCCCUCAGGGGUAUCAGAGGUAACUCAGUACUCUGGGGCGUCGGGGGUAUCCCAGGACUCCACUGGGAAAAGAUUGCACUCCUCGGAAGUUUUGGGAGAUUCAGGAAAAGUCAGGGAGAUGGGAUCAGCAGAGAUGAAGGGUAGAAUUGUGGACAAGGUCGCGACCUUCAACUCACCUUCAGAACUAGAGCUGACCCAGUUUUCUCACAAUUCAGAAAAAACGUCCAGUCAGGAUAAGUCUUCCACUCUGUUUAUAACGAGCAAGUCUCAGGUUGAUGAAGAAACCAUUCCUGGUUACCACGGCAACGAUCCGUUGACAAGCCACACAGAAAUUGCAGAGUUGCGUCCGAAAUCUUCAACCAGUGUGUCUGCCACAGAAAUAACGCAAUAUUCGUGCUCCCCAAUAUUAGAAUUAAAUACAGAACUUGAAGUUAAAGGCGGAAAAUCGACUGAGACAAAAGAGUUGACACAUGCAACAUCACCUAGCAUGCCUGGUAUUGAGGAAGGCACAAACAUUCCAGUCACAACCGAGUCCCAAAUCCUGGAAAACGCCUCGUCACAGAUGGAAUUGACAAAAAAUGUUCUCAACAAGCAGAGUUUGCACUCUGCCAAGUCUUUGACUGAAAGACGUGCAGUGACAUCAAGCGAGAAUGUCUGGUCAUCUGAUCUUACUGAGUGUUCGGCCACUUCAGUUGGAGAAAGUUGUCAGAGAAACAACAAAACCUAUCCGCAGAAAAACUCAUCUCUGAGGGAAGUGUCAGACAUAGGAGACAUGACUUCCUACAGUUCAAGUCCUGCUGAUCACAGCACACCUGCUCAAUCAGAACUAGGGAGAGAUGUGAAACAAAUGUCUAACUCAGAAUCACAAAAAGAAUCACUCCCUUUCCUGGAUUUGUCACAGAAAUCCAAGGAAAACCAGAGAGAUAUUUUCCGAGCCGUCAAAGUUUUCAUAGAACCCCCAAACAGCCAGUCGUCUCCUCAAGGAACGGAGCGGUCGGGAAGGGAUCGCACGCAGGGAUCGUCAGUAUCACAGGGCGUUGGCAUAGACGUGCAAUCAGGCCCUUCAGAGAGCAGUAGUUACAUGACUCUGCCUGCCAUGAGCAGAGCAAAUCCCCUGGCCAUGACAGACUUUUCUGCCUUCAGCAGCCAUGUUAAUGGAGACUUCCACUCCAAGACAGACUCUUUCGAAACUUUUGGUAGCUCCGGGUACCAGCCUCUUUCUGAAGAUUCCUGGAAAACGCCGGGUAUGACCUCACAUCACGAGGACUCCCUGGCCCUGGACCUUCACAAGUGGAAGGAGUAUUUGCAGCUGGGUAGCCCUGAUAAGUCGCAGAUCUCCCUCUCAGAGCCUGGCAUAAUGGAGGAGGCUGAAUUGACAUUGGUGUCAUCUGCAUCAAUAACCAGUCCAUCCCGACUGCACGACAGCCAAUCGGAGAGCUUGGUGUCAUUUGAGCGUCACGAGGCCAGUGUGGAUGACAUCGGAGUGCUGACUCCCCGGCAGAAGUCAGACCAGCGUCAUGACGACAUCAUGCUGUAUUUGGAACCUGGAGACAAGAUGAGCUCAGAAAAACGAGGCAUGACAUUACAAGAUGCAUUCCUGGCCAAGAAGAAGGGCUUUGCGACCGCGUCAGAGAAGAGGGUUCUGGAAGCGAAAGAGAAAGCGCUUGGGCUCAGUGCCAAAGAAAAACCUCAUGUGGAACCAGCUCAAUCUGGUCUGACCAAAAUGCUCGCAUCAUGGAAAAAAUCUAGAGGCAUUAGAGCUCCCUCAAAGCCUUCUCCUGGCAGAUCACAGCUGACACAGAAAACCAAGACGACCCCAGAUCGUAAAAAACAGGAGAAAGAGAAAGUGGAGAGGACAAAGAGGUUGUACAAUCAGCUGGAGGAAGUGAAGGAGAGAAACCUCAUAAAAGAGAGAGAAAAACAGUACGCCGCUAACAGAGACAAAGCCAAACAGUAUCACAAGAAAAUGCAAGAAAACCUGAAGAAGAAGAGAGCAUCAAAGAAAUGAAUUUCAGCAUGUAAUACAAGACCAUGAAAAAAAAAAUCCUUCCUGUUUUAAAUGUUAAUAGUGCUUUUAUUAAACAAGAUAUGAGAUCACACAUCGAGUAGUGUAACACCAAUCAUCAUCAAGGAUAUCGCCACUCUUCAAAACCACCUCUCUGGCUCAUUUACCAAUGUGUUAUUGCCGCAGGUGAUUGCCCCGGCAUCUAAAUCACAGACUUCAUUCCACCUGCAGAUGGUAUUUGUGUUGGUGUUGAAAGGUACCUAGCAUUCAUGUUUCAUUCUUGUCACUUUUCCACUGUUAUCUUACUUAUGUUGUCUUAAGAAAACACUAAACUUACAAAAUUCAAACGUGAGGAUUGCCUAGGAUCAAACUGCCCACAGCCAUUGCUCAGUUGACAGCGUCUGCUACCUCUAGCAGAGCAGGGAUUAACAGAGUUGUGAUAAUCCAGGAAGCAGUGUCAGAAUCAUUAGUCUAUGAAUGGUGAUUACGGGAAGUUAUCUCUUUUAUAAACUGAAACAGUACAUAAAUGAUGCCUGUGUACUUUGUAUUGACGAAUGCUAAAAAAAAAAAAAAAUAGACUUAUUUGCACCUAAGUACCAGUCAGUAGUUCCAAGACACCCGUGUGUCAGGAGAUCAAGAGGUCGACACUUGUCAAGUGUCUACUGUAAGAGAUGUUCAGCUAUGUUAACUCAGAGAAUGCAGUAUCGAAAUUUUUCAGGACUAAAUAACUGCAUGCAUGCUUGAGGUUUAACCCUUGAAUAAUUCUACAAGCGUAUAUACUGCCCAAUUUGCAAGGUAAUUAGGCCAACUGGUAAAAUGUAAAUUUAUGUGUGUAAAAUUGAUCAGUUACCAUUUGUUGUAUUUACAUAAGGUCUUUACAGAUAACAAGUUUAUGGAGGCUUGCACGAACAUGUAUAUAUGUACAGGGACCAGUUUUGAAUGAGCUGAUUUACUAAUUGUAAUUACAAAGGGUAACAGCUGUUACUUACAUCUAUUACUCUUUAAGUGUAAGUAACAUGAUUAGUCUAACCUGAGUAUUACAAAGAACCAUUACUUUCUGUAAUGAAUGGGUCAUAUCACGUUUCUGUAACACAGAAGAAAUAUACGUUGAUACAUUUUGCCAUGUACUCUCAAAGUAAUUUAUUGUACAAAUGUACAUACAAAUAUGUUACCUUCUAUCUAUUUAUUUUGCUAACAAUAAAUC